UGCGGCGGAAGGGGCGGGCCCGGCGCAGGCGCGGCGGCGGCGCGGCGCGGCACGUGAAGGUCGCGGCGCGGCGGUACCGGUAAUACCGGUCGCGGGAUGGACGCGCCGUCCGCCGCCGGGCUGGGCGGUGCCGACCCCCAGCUCCAGCGUUUCAUCGAGGUGGAGACGCAGAAGCAGCGCUUCCAGCAGCUGGUGCACCAGAUGACCGAGCUCUGCUGGGAGAAGUGCAUGGACAAGCCGGGUCCAAAGCUGGACAGCCGGGCCGAGACCUGCUUCGUCAACUGCGUGGAGCGCUUCAUCGACACCAGCCAGUUCAUCCUGAACCGGCUGGAGCAGACGCAGAAGUCCAAGUCGGCCUUCUCGGAGAGCUUGUCCGACUGAGCAGGACCCGCGCCCCGGGGGACACCAGCCAGCCCCCUGCGAGGCCAGGCCCUCCGCCGCGCCGGCUCCUGGCCGCUCUGCAGCCUCAGUGAGCCAGGAUCAGUUCUGGGGUUUAGGAUUUAAUUCAAUGCCAGUCUCGGGGAAGUUGCAGCCAGAUGAGAGCCCACGACAGAGGCACGGCCACUCCGCUGCGGGGUGACGUGCUGCUCGCAGCCGUCUUUGUGCUAGGACUCUGGGGCUACCAGUGCUAUGCAGGGAGAGUUUGGAACGCACCCACUCAGCUGAACGGAGGAGUGGCGACACUUGCAUCGCGGGAUGCUCCUAGCGCUGAUGUGAAUCUCGGCUCUGGGCGAGGCUAGCCUGCAACCGCUGCCUUAAACUGUGCUGUACAAAACGAACCCUCCUGGGCAGAUGCUAGCAAGCCCUGCAGGUGCCAUUGCUGCACAAGUCCGGUACAGGUACCCUUAGAAAGAAGUGCUUGUUGGGCACAGUGAUCAUCCCAGGCAGUGUCACCACUGCAAAAUACUUUCAGGCUUCCAUAGGUAAAUCAUUCAUGUGGCCAAAAUUUUCAAAUUGCAUCACUACUCUGUCAGUACUGACUUGCUCCCUUAACUGCUUUCCCCUGGUCAAUGUAAUAAAUAUUAACUGGGUCA